CGACAUUCAGAAUGGCAGGCUUGUCCACUUUAAUCCUCCUUUUGUGUGCUGCUAAAGAUGUGAUGCCCUCCAGUUCUCACUGGAAGCCAACUUGGCCAUCUUACAGAGUUCCAGUUAUCCUGCCACAGUCUACCCUUAACUUGCACAAACCACAGUUUGAUGCUGAAGCCAGACUGGAAGUGGUAUCGCCCUGUGGCCCAGCCUGCCACAAAAGUUCCCCGCUGCCAACUUAUGAAGAAGUGAAGAACUACCUGUCCUAUGAAACCUUGUAUGCUAAUGGCAGCCUCACUGAAACUGAAGUGGGCAUAUAUAUUCUGAGCAACAGCGGUGAUGGGUCUCAAGGCAAAUCUCGAACUAAGAGGCAGAUUUAUGGUUAUGACAGCAGGUUUAGCAUUUUUGGGAAAGACUUCUUAUUGAAUUACCCAUUCUCCACAUCGGUGAAGCUGUCUACAGGUUGCACGGGGACGCUGGUGGCUGAAAAGCAUGUUCUUACUGCUGCCCAUUGUAUCCAUGAUGGCAAGAGUUAUGUGAAAGGAGCUCAGAAACUGCGGGUGGGAUUCUUAAAGCCCAAACUGAAAGAUGGCAGCAAAGGGGCCAAUAUCACCAACUCGGCAAUGCCUGAGAAAAUGAAAUUCCAGUGGAUCCGAGUGAAACGGACACAUGUCCCCAAAGGAUGGAUCAAAGGCAAUGCCAAUGACAUUGGCAUGGAUUAUGACUAUGCGCUGCUGGAGUUGAAGAAGCCUCAUAAAAGAAAGUUUAUGAAGAUAGGUGUGAGCCCACCAGCAAGACACUUGCCAGGAGGGAGGAUUCACUUCUCUGGCUACGACAAUGAUCGUCCGGGAAACCUGGUUUACCGUUUCUGUGAUGUCAAAGAUGAAACGUAUGACCUGUUGUACCAGCAAUGUGAUGCCCAGCCAGGUGCGAGUGGAUCUGGGGUGUACGUGAGGAUGUGGAAGAGGCAGAAUCACAAAUGGGAGCGUAAAAUUAUUGGAAUAUUUUCAGGCCAUCAGUGGGUGGACAUGAAUGGCACCCCACAGGAUUUCAAUGUAGCUGUUCGCAUCACACCCCUCAAAUACGCACAGAUCUGUUACUGGAUCAAAGGCAACUACCUUGACUGCAGGGAAGGAUAAAGACAGUGAAACUCCUUGAAAGCACUUAAUGACUGGUUUUAAUUACUCAUCUGAGGAAAGACUAGACUGCUGCUGCAAAUGUGUGUGAUAUGAUCUUGUAACUUCGGGAUGUGAUAUAUAGCUUUUCAAGCAAGCCACCUUGUUCUUAGGACAGGGGCUGUGGGGUGCUGUCAUUACAGCUCAAAACUGGGGAGAAAAGAACAUCUGCUGGGGCGGGAAGGUGCAGGUGGACUUGCUGAAUUUGCAGCUGAGCAACUGAAGAUUAACUAGAGGCGGAUCAGUAAACUACGAAAUCAGAACCGUCUCCAAAGAAUCUUAUAAAAGGGACGCUGUUGACUAUCUCAUGCCUACAAUGUUUGUUUUAAUAAAUCCUAGGAUUAGUGGAAAUGCUUUGAUCUGAACUUUUAAAAGAAAAUAUUUCUAUGCUGUUGGGGGCUGAAGAGGGGCAUUUAAUGGUGUUUGCAACCCAAACAUUACAGCUUUGUGUUCCUGCAUGAGAAAGGGAGUGUGAAAAGGGCAAGGCAUGCGCUGCGGGAGAUGAAUGCCACACAAAUAGCGUGAAGGGUAAAUAACUGCCUAACACUUCUAACCUUCUUUCGGCCUGAGUGAUUUGAGACUUCAUUUGUAACAUAGUUAAGAAAAAUGGUUUUUGAGGAAGCAGACCUUGAUGUUGCA